AGGUUUUUAGUUAUUGUGGUCUGACAUCUACAUGGUUUUGGUAAUGAAAAUUACAGAGUAAACAUCCCAAAUCAAGUUUAUUACAAAAGGUCAUUUUAAUCUACAUUUAAUCAAAGGCUAAGCUUAAAUAAGCAUGUCUUUUGAGAUUUUAUGAGAGAGUUUUAGUUAGAAACCCAGUCUGUGUUUGCUUACCACAAAAUGGGCCAGGACAGUUAUAAUCCCCUUUUACUAGACCACUUAAAUGGUGGACAGGAAUGAAAGUAAGGCCAUUUUAAUCUCAUGAAAGGCCCGUUGAUCGCAUUCCCUGGCUGAUUUAAAUCCUUUUGUUGAAUGUAGAGCAUGUGACCACAAUCUAAGCAGUUAUUGUGUAAGAAGAGCUCCGAUGGAAAACCUUCUUGCUGUAUAGGAACUGGAGUUCAUGUUUGCUCAAGGAUUGGCUAUAACAUUCCCAACACAAUGUCCAUUCAUAAAGGUGGCAUAAAACUCUGCUGACUGUCUUCCUGUCAAGUGUUACAGUCAGUUUUUCCCUGACAUUCCAAACGUCAGGGUUUUUUUUUCUUCUUCUUCUUCUUCUUUUGAGUUAUCGAGUCACAGGAGGAAGCAUAUUUUCUUUUCGACUUUUACUUCUCUAACACAUUCCAGAAGGACGGCUCGUCGGCUCUUGGUUGCCGCUUUGUGUUGGAUUUCUUUUUGCAACUUUUUUUCCUGUUGGGAUUUUAAGCAUUUUAUUUUAGAAUCAGAAAAAAUGUGUAACGCAACAUGUGAGGCUGAGCUGUGUGCCAUAAAAUUACAUCCGAUGUGGCAGGAGCCGCUCGCCAUUCCCGGUGGAGAUCGCCAGUCACCUAUUGACAUCGCGGCGCGUAAAAGCGUCUUUGACCCACAACUCAGACCGCUGAAGGUGCAGUAUGACCCAAGGACCUGCCAGCAGAUCUGGAACAAUGGCUACUCUUUUCUGGUCGAGUAUGACGACACCACUGACAAAUCCACUCUGAAGGGAGGACCACUGGAGGAUAAGUUCAGACUGUGUCAGUUUCAUUUCCACUGGGGAGAGAACAACGCCUGGGGCUCUGAACACUCCAUAGACCGCCGUCUUUACCCUGCUGAGCUCCAUAUUGUUCACUGGAACUCUGACAAGUACAGUUUGUUUGAAGAGGCUGUAAUGGAGGAUAAUGGACUAGCUGUUAUUGGAGUCUUUCUUAAGAUUGGGAAGAGGCACGAGGGUCUACAGAAACUGGUGGAUGCCUUGCCAGCAGUCAGACACAAGGAUAGCUUGGUAGAGUUUACCAAGUUCGACCCUGCUUGUCUCCUUCCGGAGAACAUCGAUGACUAUUGGACAUACGCAGGUUCUCUGACCACUCCUCCUCUUACUGAGGCGGUGACAUGGCUUGUGAUGAAACAGCAUAUUGAAGUCAGUCACGAUCAGUUGGCAGUGUUUCGAAGCUUGCUGUUCACAUCGGCUGAAGAGCAGAUGCAAAGAAGCAUGGUCAACAACUUCCGUGUUCAGCAGGCUUUGAAGGGACGGACUGUACGUUCUUCAUUUUCCCCCUUCCUCCAAGAUGCUCCGCCAAAGGAGUAGCAACACAAAUCAGUGACCUUAUUCCCAUCCAAACAUCACAAAAAGACUCUUAAUUAUGGGGUGCUCGUAUCUGUAUGAUUUUAACUGGAAAUUGUAAAUAUUUUAACCAUUUCCAACCAGGCAUAUAGUUAUAGAUUUCAUUUGAAAGGGAUUAGCAAAGAUAUAGUUAUUGAAAGAGUUUGUUAAUCUCUAUGUCAAAAGGUUCAUCCAAUUCAUCGUCAUUUCGUUGUAUUUGUACAAUUAUUGAAAAAAAUGCGAGAGUUCAAGAAAUUCUAAUUUCAGUAUGAAACGCACAAUUCCUCUAACUAUAGUAGCAAGGGGUGUCCACGUUUGACAAACAGCUCCCUCUUGUGGAUCACUGACAGAAUGCACAUUGUGCAUUGUUUUGAGGCAUUUUACGCUUUUAAUGUAUGUAUACAGUAGUUUUAGUUAGUGGUUCACUUACCUUGUUUCCUGCGAGAGAAUUUAUUUUAUGCAUGAUAUUGCACAAUGCCUUUCACGUUUGAUUUGUUUUUAGACGCUAAUAAAUAAUCGAAAGUAUUUUCAGAAGAUCUAGUACACAUCUAGAGAGAAAAUCUGAGCAUUGCAAUAUAAAUAAGACUAGAAAUAUAGUCUUUGUAAAAUAUGCAUAAGACAUGAGUAGAUUAAUGCGCACAGUUGUUUAGUGAAUAUGCGUUAUUGUAGUUGCGAUGUGUUCAGAUUUGUGCAAAAUAGGUUAUUAUAAUCCCUAGUGCCUUUUGCAUUGGACAUAAUCUCUGAUUGGUUCUCCAUUGCUCUCAUUUAAUCAGUUAUCUGAUCAACUUCAGCACAAGUGGUUGGCCAUAUUUGCCUUUUGGUAAAAUGUGCCUUCAAAUCUCUUAUAGUUUUUGUUGUACUCAUGAUAUCACAGUCGUAAUUGUUCAUCUAUCAAUCUUGAAAGUGUAUUUAGUGUGAAACUAGUCUUUUUUCAGAGAAACUAGUCUUUGUGUGAGUACGUCGUGUAAAAUGUUUUUGGGAGCACCUGGACGUGUCUUUCCACUAUUUGAUGAACUACCUUUCAGAGAGGAACCUCCAUUUUUGAGCACGUAUUGCUCUAUUAAAUUCCUCCACUAGAGGUGGACAUGAAACCAGACACAAUGUAGAAACGAGAUAUACAGUGAGACCAACUGAUUGUCAUACUUCAAUAUUGGUGCAUUCCGUUUUCCUUUGUCUGAAAUAUGCUGUAAAUGUAGUAAAAAUGAGACACUGAAAUUGUUAGAAGCAUCCAGGACCUCUUAUGUUAAUAGUUUUAUUUAUGUGCAAAUGAACUUUACAUUUACGUCAAUGUUUUUAGAUUGGUGAUGAUAAUAUUUAGAGGACGGUCGAAAAGUAACAUGGGAGCUGCAGAAUCGGCAGAAGUUCAACAUAACUGCGAAGAGACGCUGACGGUCUCUUUGUGAUGGCUGAAUAACAAUGCUCUUGUGCAAACCGUCCCUAAAGCGGCCUCUCAUUUGAAUGGGCCACCUGGCAUUUUCCCUAUUGCGUUCAUGGUUGAAAUUCAAAGAAAUACCAACUAGACUGGAAAGCUGGAUUUGCACUGUACAAACUUUAGGUUACAGGGAGACUCAGACUGGGAUCCCUUCCCUCCACCUGCCCAAGAUUCAGAGUUGUGAACAUUCUUUCACAUUAGGAGGUCCUGGAGCAAUGUUUUCGCAUUGAAGCAUCUUUGAAUAGUGUGUGAAGACACGUUUUGAAUUAUGCAGUGAAUGGAUUACGGUUUGAGGUUCUUGGACACUUUUUGCUGUUGGCAUUGAGGGCCAUGUUGGCCAUGAAAAAUGACUUUUUGUUUUUUCCUCCACACCCAUUAAUAGGAUUUGCUUGUUUUGUCUUUUUAAGUAGCUUGAGGGAAAUCACAUUAUUUACAUUAUUUAACACUAAAUCUGGGGUUUUAUAGACGGUAUCUUAUCACCUGAACUAAGUCAUUUACAUUACUGUCACUUAUGCUGCCUAACAUAUGCAUUGUAUUGUGUGCAAACUGUAUUAUUCGUUGUAAGUUUUAUGAGAUUUUGUAAAAAAAAAAAAAAAAAUGCCAAUGUCUUUUUUUUGUAUUUGGACCAUAUUUGGUUGAUUUUCAAUUUGUUUUACUUGUGGGUGUGUGCAAGCAUGUGCCCUGGGGAUUUAGGCAGGAAGAGGGUGGUGCCGGAGGUUUAUGGGGGCCCCAUCACAGCAAGUGUUGUUGCACCAGGUGCUGGUUAGGUCCGGAUCAGCUGCGCUAAAAACGACGUGUUUUGGCAGAUUUAGCAGGGGGGAUCCUACAGACCCAAAACUGAACAUUAACAAAUGCAUUCAUGCUGUCUGACAUGUUGUGUAUUAACAUUUGUUUUAAAAUGAAAUAAAACAAUCAAGAGACAAG